AUGUACCUUCAUCCUGAAGGAGAUAUCGUACGCUCUAUACUGUCCGAAACAUGCUAGCGAUUACUAGAUAUCUCGACAUGCGCUCGGGGAGGCCGGGCGAUCGAAGGUAACGUAACGUCCAGGUCCUAUAUAGUCUGUUCUCGCAAACUCGCCGUACUCACUCUCACAGAUAUACACCGCGCGCUCACUUUGACUCCCUUGAUCUCUCUGCGCACUGCCAUGUCUCAGCGCUCUUGCCCUCCACCUCAACGUUCCGUCGCCUACGAGCAACCAUCGACGGACGCAGAGCAACCUUCCAAGCUAGAUCUCAAUUGUCCUACCUGCGGCAGACACUUGUCCAACGUGGGUAACCUCAACCGCCACCGGAGGGACCUGCACCGUUGGGUCAAACCGGACGACAGCAAGACUGAAAGGGGUCCGAGCCAGCUGGAUCAUUUAGGCUUCGACAAGUACAAUGCCUCUGGGCCUUCGAAGUUAGACGCCCAGGAUGCUGGUUCGGGGGCGUCGAACGAACUUCCUAUCGGUUCACCCUUCCCGCCACGCGAAGAAGUUGUCGAUAUUCAACGAUACUCCUCAGACGGUCGAGCCCCUUCAUGCCCUCGCGCGGACAUUCUGUCCGGCUACUUCAACGCCGCCGACACGGGCUCGGCCUCGUGCGUCCAGAUAGAGACUCCAAUUCCAACCCGUCUGCCGGCUUCGACGGAGUCAACCUUUCUCUCUAUGUCCUUCGGCAAUUUCAGCACGACGCCACCGCCGUGCGUCGCUCAUACCUAUGGGGCCACUCUCGACGUUGAUAUCUGGUCGCGCGAGAAUGUCUCGCGCCGCACCGACUUCUCGUCACCUGUAGACGAUGGAUAUUACUCGUCCAACGCGGAUCCCGGCAACAUCUCCAUCUACAAGCCUCGAUUUGCACACGCUUCUGUCGCUCCUCACAGACGGACCGACUUCGACAUGGUCAAGGGAGGCUAUCCCCACCCUCCGCAAUGCGUUCGCGCUCCUCGUCAUCAAGACCCUGGGUCGGCUGCCGGGGUUGGAUAUCACUCGCACGUCGCGCCUAAGAUGGACACUUUGUCGGUGCCAACGAUGUAUUUUCCACCAGUUCCCCCACCGCAGCCUGACUUUUUCUGGAGUGAGGCGGUGGAGAUGGGGAUUGAACAACAGCGACAGGCGGAAGCUUAUCUUCGACAAGAGCUCGUCCUGCAACCGCAUAUUGCUCCCGCACCACAACGUACUGCGCGAGGACCGCUUCACGAGCAGUAUGCCGGUAUGGUACGCGCUCGGCAGCAUCAACAAGGAAGUCACCCGCAUACCAGUUCCAUGCAUGGGUCUCAAGCGCUCACUCGACAGUAUGCGGGGACCCACGCAACAACUCAUGUCCCGACUCGAAUGGACUUCAAUCAGCGCCCGCCUCAAGCGACUACCUCGUACCCUCAGCAAGCGUUUGACGCUUCCCUUCUUCCCCCUCAGUCUGGCAACGAGAUAUCAUACCAUUCCGACCAAGUCGUCUACGCGCAGCAAGCGCCCUCUACGUGGCGCUUCCCUGACCUCGAUCCGCACCAUCAUCCAGCCUCCGGAGCGCAUCCCUUCGCUAGCUCCGACGAGUUCGCACAGUACCUCGACGACUCGGACAUGUACGCGCCGCACUUCGACAUCUUUAAUCCGUGCUCGUCCUUCCAUUAGGGCAAUAAGUCUUGUCCCGAAGGUCAGAAUUAUCUAUUAUAAUCGACGUUCUCCUCUACGACUGGCACCAUAAUUCACCACUAUAGAGUAUGGACCUUCCCUUUCUCGCCAUCGCUGUCUACCAUACAUGUCACUCAUAAUUACGCCUCUCGACGCUUCUGACGCUUUCAAAACGCUCCCUUCACAUGUUCUCAUAAUAUAACAUC